UACGAGUUGUCUCGCUUCGGCUUGGCUAACUAAUAGUAACACAUUAAUGCGCAUAAAAUCUGAACGAAGAUGGUGAAUUGCAAAAAAUUGUUCACGAAAUCUACAUUAUUAGGGCUUGCUUUAGGACAGUUUCUCUCUCUUCUCAUCACCUCCACCGGAUUUUCAUCUUCUGAACUCGCCAACAGAGGAAUUAAUGCACCAACGUCGCAGUCGUUCUUGAAUUAUGUAUUGUUGGUAUUGGUCUAUGGAAGCAUUAUGCUCUACAGAAGAAAACCUCUCAAGGCCAAAUGGUAUUACUACAUCUUGCUAGGAUUGGUUGAUGUUGAAGCCAAUUUUCUUGUGGUGAAGGCAUACCAGUACACCUCACUUACAAGUGUGAUGCUGCUGGAUUGUUGGACAAUACCAUGUGUCCUGUUUCUGACAUGGUUCUUUUUGAAGACGAAGUAUAGAUUCCAAAAGUUUAUAGGCGUAGCAAUCUGCAUUGCUGGUCUUGUAACAGUUGUUUUCUCUGACGUACAUGCAGCAGAUAGAUCAAGUGGUAGCAUACCUAUUAAAGGUGAUCUGCUCGUUAUUGCCGGGGCAACACUUUACGGUGUUAGCAACGUCAGCGAGGAGUUUUUUGUUAAAAGUGCAGAUAGGGUGGAACUUAUGGCCUUCUUGGGCAUCUUUGGUGCAAUUAUCAGUGCUAUCCAAAUAAGCAUACUUGAGCGCCAUGAACUCAAAUCGAUUCACUGGUCUUCUGGGGCGACACUCCCGUUCGUUGGAUUUUCUUUAGCGAUGUUUGCGUUUUACUCGGGGGUUCCUGUUUUGCUCAAGAUGAACGGAUCAACAAUGCUAAAUCUUUCGCUGCUGACUUCGGAUAUGUGGUCCGUUUUAAUCCGGAUCUUCGUAUACCAUGAAAAGGUGGAUUGGAUGUAUUUCAUGGCCUUUGCUGCUGUCACGCUCGGGCUCAUUGUUUAUUCAGUAGGCGACGAAAACGAGGGCGAUGAUGAGAAGAAAAACGUUGAUGAGGAGGCCGGUUUGAGUCGUACAGAUCGAGGAGCUCUUCAGAUUGAAGUUUGAGCAAACUAUUUUUUGCAGGAUUUUUUUUUUGAAACAAUUUUUUUAGGAAGCAUUAUUAUUAGUUUAAGAUUUUCGUCCCGUAUUUAAGCUCAGUUACUUUUUUUACAUACACUCUUCACUCUCGACCAAACUGAAGUUGCUGAAAGUGUUUGGUUUUAGUUUCUAGCGAGUUAUGAUUU